UUAAAAAACUGAGGAAACUUCCUGCUAAGCAGUUUAAUCCACAGCAGGUGCAACGUUGUGCUGGAUGGAGGUAUCAGAGAAUUUAUCUUUGGAUUGGUAAUGAUAGGAAUCAUGGGCAUUUCUCAACAUCUUCUGGUGUUCAUUUCAGUUUUGUCUCUGGCCGGUGCACAAACAUCACUAGAAGCAACCAUCACACCGACAAACAGUGAAGUGACAUCAGGCAGUGGUGCUACAAGUAAUGUGACCUCCACCACUGUUACUGCAACCAACACAACAACAAGCAGUGCAGUGACAUCAGCCAGUGAUGCUACAAGUGAUAUAACCUCCACUACUGUUUCUGCAGCCAUCACACCAACAAGCAGUGCAGUGACAUCAGGCAGUGGUGCUACAACUGGAACAACCUCCACUACUGUUUCUGCAACCACAACACCAACAAGCAGUGCAGUGACAUCAGUCAGUGGUGCUACAACUGCAACCACCACACCAACAAGCAGUGCAGUGACAUCAGGCAGUGGUGCUACAACUGGAACAACCUCCACUACUGUUUCUGCAACCACAACAUCAACAAGCAGUGCAGUGACAUCAGGGAUUGCAUCUACAACUGAUAUAACCUCCACUACUGUUACUGCAACCACCACACCAACAAGCAGUGCAGUGACAUCAGGCAGUGGUGCUACAACUGGAACAACCUCCACUACUGUUUCUGCAACCACAACACCAACAAGCAGUGCAGUGACAUCAGGGAUUGCAUCUACAACUGGUACAACCUCCACUACUGUUUCUGCAGCCGUCACACCAACAAGCAGUGCAGUGACAUCAGGCAGUGGUGCUACAACUGGAACAACCUCCACUACUGUUUCUGCAACCACAACACCAACAAGCAGUGCAGUGACGUCAGGGAUUGCAUCUACAACUGGUACAACCUCCACUACUGUAUCUGCAGCCGUCACACCAACAAGCAGUGCAGUGACAUCAGGCAGUGGUGCUACAACUGGAACAACCUCCACUACUGUUUCUGCAACCACCACACCAACUAUCACACCAACAAGCAGUGCAGUGACGUCAGGGAUUUCAUCUACAACUGGUAUAACUUCAACUACUGUUUCUGUAACCACCACACCAACAAGCAGUGCAGUGACGUCAGGGAUUGAAUCUACUACUGUUACUGCAGCCGUCACACCAACAAGCAGUGCAGUGACAUCAGGCAGUGGUGCUACAACUGGAACAACCUCCACUACUGUUACUGCAACCACAACACCAACAAGCAGUGCAGUGACAUCAGUCAGUGGUGCUACAACUGCAACCACCACACCAACAAGCAGUGCAGUGACAUCAGGCAGUGGUGCUACAACUGGAACAACCUCCACUACUGUUUCUGCAGCCGUCACACCAACAAGCAGUGCAGUGACAUCAGUCAGUGGUGCUACAACUGGAACAACCUCCACUACUGUUUCUGCAGCCGUCACACCAACAAGCAGUGCAGUGACAUCAGGCAGUGGUGCUACAACUGGAACAACCUCCACUACUGUUUCUGCAACCACCACACCAACUAUCACACCAACAAGCAGUGCAGUGACGUCAGGGAUUUCAUCUACAACUGGUAUAACUUCCACUACUGUUUCUGUAACCACCACACCAACAAGCAAUGCAGUGACGUCAGGGAUUGAAUCUACUACUGUUACUGCAGCCGUCACACCAACAAGCAGUGCAGUGACAUCAGGCAGUGGUGCUACAACUGGAACAACCUCCACUACUGUUUCUGCAACCACAACACCAACAAGCAGUGCAGUGACAUCAGUCAGUGGUGCUACAACUGGUAUAACCUCCACUACUGUUUCUGGAAGUUUAUAUAAUACCUACAAUCAGACUUUAGGAAAGAGUUUCAAGCUGUCUGAAGUGACCAGAAUAGUUUUUAUGCACAAUAAAACAAAAAUAACAGUGACAUGA